CAGCAAGUCGAGCAUCGUGACCUACUUCAAAUCAACACAAACCCCAGAUCUUAGCCAGAGAUUCAUACAUCCAACAUGGCGCUCAUAUCUGCAGCUACAAUCAUUACGUCCCUGUCCCUUUUUCACAUCACUCUUGCGUAUUUCUUCCUCGUUUCCCCUGGAGCUAUUGCAGACCAGACGUUGGUAUUCAUCAUAGGAGAAGCUAUGGGUUUGCCAUACACGCGCUCUUUCGACAAUCAAUCGCCUCCUCUUGCUUUCUUGUCAGCGGUCCUCGCAGUAAUUGGUUUCAGCGACUUGGUCUCCGUCUCUCUCCCUGAAGAAAUCUCUCAAUAUCACUGGGGCUCCCAAGCACCGGUGCGAUUCCUGCUCUUCCUCUGCCUCGCGGUCUACUCCUAUGUCUUCUCAGAUACAUCUCCGCUAUACUCCUCGAAAUCAUACAGUCCGAGCUCGUGGGGUGAAGGUUUAAAGAACAGGGUGCUAUUUACAUGGGCAUUUGUGGAGAUGAUCACUUGGUUCUGGAUCUUCGUCACAUUGAGAGAGGAAAGGAGAGAAACUGCGGUUCGGAAGCAGCAGAGACGAGCAGCCGAAGAAGAUAUGCUUUGAGUCAGCGAUGAUCUAUGAUUUAUGAACAUGCUUGGCUAUUUCGCAUCACAACAAGCUUUGGAGGCUCUGUGUGUACCUGUUCACGGUGAUCAAUAUCAGACCAGGC